AUGACUCUACUGCUAAAUCACAAGAACCACCCUCAACAUCUCUCUCCAAACCAUUCAGCCACCAUGUUUGGGCGGCCGGCUAGCCGGAGAGUCGUCCCUUUACGCCGGCGUAAGCUGCCGGCGAUUCGCCUGGGUGGGAAACAGGGAUUUUUCUUGAAGAAGAUGGUGAAGAAGAUGAGAGUUAGAUGGGUGAAAUUGCAGUAUAUGCGUGUGUUAAAGAAGCUGAAAGAAUAUUAUGAGAAGAUGGUUAAGGAUAUCAUCAAAGCAGGAGAAAGUUUAGAAGGUGAUUUCCAGAAGAGGAUUUUUGCAGAGGCAACCUUUGCUCUUCCAGUUAUGGGGGUUUCUUUUCACCUCUAG